GUGCUUGGCCGGGUCCUGUUGCAAAAAUCAUGCUUAGUGCACAGUGAAAGUGCCUAAUGUCAACUUUAUUAAUUAACCCCUCCUCCUUAUGUGCCUGAGUUGCAGUUAUUGAGAAGGACCAAUGCAAUUGGCCAGAGAGAGGGUCAGAUUGUCAGUGACUGUGGGUGAUGGUUUUUUCCUCCACCUUCCUUUGCAGUGUGUGGAUGCAGGUGACCUGCCAAAAUGAUCAGGGUCUCUCACUCAUUUCCCCGGCAUUUGCGGCAACUCUGGGCAUCAGUGCAUCUUAGUCCCUCCCAUUCUCUGCCUGUGGCACAAAGUCUAGGUUCCCGAGGGCUGUAAUAUUUGGUUUCCUUUUGGUUGCUGGUGGCUUGUGAUAUACAGGAAAUUAAACUGAACUGUAAGACCCUGUGACAAGCUAUUUCCUUGACUGCAGAGCUGGUGUUCGGAGCCUUACAGUCUGCUCCUCAAGGUAAGAGGGUGCUUUUUGUUACUGGGGGGUUGGACUAGAUACCCAGUAGCCUAUUCAGACAAAUGAAAAAUCCUAUUUAAUACUUAGUUGCAAGAUUGUACAAUGUGCAUUAACUCUUUGACAGCAGGGUUGUGAGUUUGUGAUGGCAAAACGAAGUAUUGCAUCGCCUUACUGUUGCCGGUAGCAGGUUUAUCAGUGGACCCACUUCUUCCACCCACUGAAGGAGAAGUAAGAAUUUUCCACUUUAUUCUCUCUCUCCAUGCCUAGCAGGUUGGUUCCUACUCACUUUCUAAUCCCAGUUGCACAAGGGUGAGUUGGGAGCUGCAUUCUUAACACUAACAGUGCCACUGGCAAUUCCAAGGAGGCCCGGAAAAUGCCACACAAUCCCCUCCACACAGUCAGGAAGGUUAACAUCAGUAUCUCAGUAGGGGUGGUGCUGACUGCAUCUGCUUGUAUAGCUUUGGGCUCACACUGUCAUUAUCCUAGAGACUGGACAUAUUGCAGAUCAGUUAAGGGACCAGCUGUCAUGUUGCUUUGGACUCACCUGGGUAUCUGAGCUCCACAUAGAUACAGACACAGGAAAUCUGAUGCUAUAGAUCAAAUUUAGGCAACUGUUUCCCUGGAAAGGAGUUGACCAGUGGCCUAAACCUUGCCGCAUUAUUGCCAUUUCUCACCAGGAAAAGCAUUGGUUAAAAUACAGAUAAAAUCACAAGUGGAAUGAAUCUGAUUUAGGCUCAGGCUAAAGUCAAGUACUGGCCGUGAUUUGGAAGCAUUAGCGUUCUCUGCUAAGGAGAGGCCUAGGGCUGUAGUGUAGCUCAGGUGCCUGUCGCAGUUGUGAAUGAACAUGGGACUGUGCCUUUCACCAGCUGGUGCAUGGAAAGACUGCCUUUUACCAGCUGGCAAAACUGAAAAUCGUCUCAUUGUAGUUUUACAUGACACAUGCUGGGCAUGAUGUGAAAUGUUUUGUACACCUACCGGCCGCUUCAGAGUACGAACUGGAACUCUUGGCCUACCUCUGCACUUCCUGUGGUUUCUCUCUGCAGAGCAAGGUGGGAGGGUUUUGCUGAAUGCUUUGCAAUGUGACUUUAUUCUGGUGCUUCACUUCAGACAGGAGAGCUCAGCAUCAAGCCUCUGCUUUGUGAAGAGUCUUCAGAGGAUCCAGUGUGUUCAUUGCAUUUUUCGCGUGAGAUAAAAUGGCCUGGGGCUGGUGGGUUUACUGAGAGUAGAAGCUUUAACUGCAUUUUUAACCAGAACUGGCUGAUGUAACAACACAACUCGAGUUCUCAUAGAGAGCUCUUGGAGGUUUGGACUUGCUCAUCUUUGGAAAGAAGAGACUAAUCUAGGCUAUCCCCACAGAACUUGUUCUCCUGCAGCAGAAAGCAUGGAAAACACUUCCUGUACCUUGGCCAGGGGACACUCUAAUGCAACACUAGUUGAAGCAGACUUCCAGUACCAUCUCUUCACUAUCAUCUACAGCAUUGUCUUUGUACUGGGACUGCUAGAAAACGUCUUAGCUCUCUACCUUUUGACCUGCAAUGUCAAGCACACCUCGCACUCCUACAUCUACCUCAUCAACCUGGCUGUAGCAGAUACCUUGUUUGUGUGUAUAUUGCCCUUUAAAAUCCAUUACCACCUGAACCGGAACAAUUGGAUUUUUGGAGACAUGGCUUGUAGGAUCACCGGGACCUUGUACUGCAUAAACGUCUACCUCAGCAUUGCCUUUUUCACCUGCAUUUGCAUGGAUCGUUACAUUGCUGUGCUGCACCCCUUCACCUACAUCCGAAUUAAAGUCACCCACUGCAUGACAGUGGUCACCGGCUUUUGGCUCACUGCUGCAAGCAUCAUGAUCCCGCUUAUCCUUGGGGGGCCCCUUCACAACAAGGGCACAGGGAACAAGACAGCCUGCUUUGAGAACUUCUCGCUGCCCAGCUGGACCCAUCGCAUGUUGCCCUACGAUGUCUGUGCCUUGCUGUUUGGCUUUGUCAUCCCGUUUGCCAUCAUCCUCAUCAGCUAUCCUCUCAUGGCCAAGCGGAUCACCCACACCAGCCGCAGCAUUCACAAAAAGAAGGCCUUGAGGACCAUCUACCUCAUCCUGCUCAUCUGCAUCCUGUGCUUUGUUCCUUAUCAUCUCACUCACCUGCUCCACUUCCUGAUGAGGGUCCAGCUCAUCCAAAGGUGCCUGUUUACCCACUUAAUUUACAAAAUGCGCCGGGUCACUAUGGCCCUGGUCAGUUUCAACUGCUGCCUGAACCCCAUCCUCUACUACUUCAUGUCUUCCAGCAAGCCAUGGCAUCUUGGCCUCAAGUUCAGAUCCAGAUCCAAGGUUUAUACCAUCUGUGACAGAAAAUUCAAUGACUGUCCUUAUAAAAGCAAGCCAGCAGUGAGACCACCAACACAGCAAUUGAAUGAAUUGUCUUUUUUAAAACAAGUUCAGUAAGUUAUCCACCUGAACUUUGAGGAGGAGUAUUCAGGUGCUGUAUACACAUACCCUUUAGGGCAGGGACUAUGAAUUGAUUUGUUCGUGGUGUCAGUCCACUUCCUAGGAGACCAGAGUCUGUUACAACCCCUGCCCCUCUCCAAAAGUCUGUUAAUGGCCAAGGGAGGGCUCAGCAGACAA